UUAACAGGUUUUCUUUUGUAUUAACAGUAAAGCACUGUUUUUAGCAAUAACAGGAGUACUGUUGAAAUCCUGCUGUAAAUUAACAGCAAUUGUUUACAGUGUAGACUCUCCUCCCAUCCUGGGUGCUUUUCCUCUAUUGGCUGCCUCCUUUGCACGCUGACAUCCAAAAUCAUAUAAGGUGCCUCACACCUUCACCAGGGGUCAAAUUUCUUGGACAAAUCAGAGCAGAAGCCUCUUUUUGGAAAACAGUCGCAAGAAAGUGGAGAUUUUGAGAUUUCUUCUCUGGAAUUAUAAACUUUUUUUUUUCACCCUCUGCUGAAGUCUCUUUCAGAAUGAAGACAAUGUAAAAAACAUAUAUAUAUAUAUCAUUUUCUAUCCCUCUCAUGAUGAACCUCAUUGGGAGCUACCAGCACCACCACCACCACCACCUGAUGCACGAACCUUUCCCCUUCGUGCAGCGGUGCCACCAGGAUGCUCCAUACUUCCAGAGCUGGGUGGUGAACCACGGAGAGGUGCCUCCAGACUUCCAGGUCCAGACGCCGUACCCUGGAGACGCGCAGCCCGGAGCGACGCACGAUGCGCGGCUGCUGGAGGGGCUCCAGGCGGCCAGCGGGAAGAGGAGGACGAGCGGGCCGAAGAAGGAGCGCCGGAGGACGGAGAGCAUCAACACGGCCUUCGCGGAGCUCCGGGAGUGUAUCCCCAACGUGCCUGCAGACACUAAACUGUCUAAGAUUAAAACUUUACGCCUGGCGACCAGCUACAUCGCCUACCUGAUGGACGUGCUGGACAAAGACACCGGAGAGACGGAAGGCUUCAAGGCCGAGAUUAAGAAAUAUGAGAACAGAGAUCUGAAGAGGAAACGGGAGCCGACUGACGGCCUGCAGGACUCAUUCGGAGCCGAGAAGAAGGUGACCAAGGGCCGGACCGGGUGGCCUCAGCAGGUCUGGGCUCUGGAGCUCAACCAGUGACCCUCCUCCUCCUCUGAUAUAGAAGAAAAAACCCUCCUCAGAGACUCUGGAUUGAAAUCAGAUAAAAAACCACUGAACCAGACUGAACCUAAACACACCGCUGUGCAUGCAAUGAUGCACAAAAUUGGAGAGAAUUAAAGGACAACAUGCAAAAACAAGGUGAGAAGGACACUUGGAAGGAACAUGGACACUUUGUGGACCUUCUUCUUCUUCUCUCCUGGUGCGGUUGUAUGAUAUUUGUGGUAUUUUCUGCUCUUUUUUUUGAUGUUUCCACUCCUUCCAGUGCUGUAGACCAGAUGUGGCAAGAAAAAAAAAAACAUCUGUCUCCCCUAAAAAUGUGUUUCUAUCUGGCGUGGAGUGGCGGUGGUUUUCCACCAUCUGAUGGGUGCUGGAGCAGAAAAUAAAUACAUUAUAACAUUA